GGGAGCCAAAAACCUUUUCCGGUCUUUUUUUCCCCUCACAAGUUUCCAAAUAAAGCACGUCCCAGGCACAGACAGGGUAUGUGAUUUUCGCCAGUGGUGACUGGCCUAAGUUAAAAACGAUGCUGAAAUUUGUGAUAUUAUCCCUUUGCGUGGGCUUUGUGCUGGGCAGCUCAGUUCACAGAGGGGGACAUCUGGACAUCACCGAGACCCUGGAGAAGCAUGUGGCACAGGGACAAACCACUUUAAACGAGAUGUUUAGGGAGGUGGAAAAACUGAUGGAGGACACGCAGCAGAAACUAGAGGAGGCUGUACACCAGAUGGAGAACGAGUCUUCAAAAUCGCUGUUACAUGGACGCAACUUUCCUGACAGUUUUCACAAUGAAACUACAACAGAGAUCAAGGUGGGGAAUCGGACCGUCCAACUGAUAGAGAGAAUCGACAAGGAAACGGAUAAUAAGACUGGAAAGACUCAUUUUUCCAGAACUCUCAUUCAGAACACUGAACGGUGGAAUGAAGUUGAUCAUGAGUGCAUGAUUGAUGAGGACUGUGGGGAUGGCAGCUUCUGCCUGUACGAGAUCAUCACCUCCAAAUGCAUCCCGUGCCAGACGACUAAUAUGGAGUGCACAAAGGACGAGGAGUGUUGUGGAGAUCAGCUGUGUGUGUGGGGUGUUUGUGCUGUGAACAGAACAAAAGGACAAUCUGGAACAAUCUGCCAGUACCAGAGCGACUGCAGUCCUCAACACUGCUGUGCCUUUCACAAAGCCCUGCUCUUCCCCGUGUGCCGCCCCAAGCCACAGGAAGGCCAAGGCUGCCACAGUCACCCCAACCAGCUGAUGGAGCUGUUACUGUGGGACGAGGAGGGGCCGCGGGAGCACUGCCCCUGUUCUGCAGGCCUGCACUGCCAGCCUCUCGAGAAAAGAUCAGUGUGUGUAGAUGAGAAGAACUCUUCUGGCGAAGGAAAUAUGGACUGAUCAUUCCCACAGAAACUGAACCUUUAUCAGUUUUGUAAUUUUGUCUGUAUUUGCGGUAAUCUCUGUAGCGUCAAGGUGCCUCUUCUUGUUUAAUUAAAUCAGAGGAACUCUAAUUUAUAAAAAAAAAUUGUGCCAUGUGUACUUUGUGUGCCACUACAGACAUGACAUGGAAUGUGUUUUCAAAAAGUGUAAUAUUUUGAUAUUGACGGUGUUCUGAAUAUGUGGACCUAGCUGGAUAUUAUAUUCCUUCCUAAUAAAUAUGAUUUCUGGUCA